GUUCUUUUCCACGUCACUCAGUCAUCAGUCAUGGUGCUUGAAAGCGAAGUGGCCAAGCUGCUCGAUCUCUCUGUGAUUCGCUACUCGCGCGUCUGGGAAGACCACCAACUGCUCGAGCGCUCCCUGGACAUUCGCCCGGACGACGUCGUCCUCUCCAUCACCAGCUCUGGCGACAAUGUGCUCAACCUGCUGCUCUUGGAACCGCAAAAGAUUGUUGCAAUUGAUAUGAGCGCGUCUCAGAACGCAGUCCUCGAUCUCAAGCUUGCUGCCAUUCACAUGGUGCCGCACGAGGCGUUUGUCAAGCUGAUUGGCAUUGCGCCAGCGACUGGUCAAGAGCGUGUUGAUAUUUACAAGCACAUCCGCAGCAACAUGAGCGAGUACGCCCAGAAAUACUGGGACCACAACCUCGCCACGAUCGAGUCUAGUAUCGUCAAGGCUGGCCGCCUGGAAAAGUACUUUGACACGUUCCACACUGACUACUUGGAAAAGCUCGUGCCCAUUCCCGUGAUUGAGGCAAUCUGCAACGCUCCCACCCUCGCCGAGCAGGUGGCCCUGGUCCAGCAGCACAUUCUGUCCAACCCAGAAGUCGAGAGCAAGUUCCGUUGGUAUUUUGGCGAAGACAUGCUGAAGCGUCAGGGGCGCGAUCCGGCCCAGAUGCGCUUCAUCAAGGAUGGUGACAUUUCGACGUACAUCUGGAACAAGUUCCGCUCGCUCCUCACCACACAGCUGCUCAAGGACAAUCCGUACAUGCACGUCUUUUUGCUCGGCGAGUACAAGGGAUCCUUUGAAACGGCACAGCCCUAUCUGCGCCCGUCCAACUAUGAGCGAAUGCGCUCGUUGCUGCCUCGAUUGCAGGUCGUGACGGGAAGCAUCGAGGAACAACUUUCGGGCGAGUCGAGCCCUGGCUCCACGCCCUUGGUCUUCUCAAAGGCCAACCUCUCGGACAUUUUCGAGUACAUGAGUGCCGAAGCUGCCGACGCCCUCUUCCUGGCGUUUGCCAACAAGUUCCGUGUUGGCGGUCGUCUUGCAUUCUGGAAUCUGUUUGUGCCGCGCUGCCCUUCAGACAGUCUGCGCACCUACUUUAGCGCCCACACCGAGCUGGCCAAGCAGGUUCACUCGCACGAUCGUUUGUUCUUUUACAGCCAGUUCCAUGUCGAGGAGAUUACCAAGAGCUCUCCUUGAGCAGUCGUUGGCGCUUGCUGUUGAGGGAAAUUACACCUGGCCUACAUUUUCAAGUUGAGGCUUGGUCUGGAUUGGGGUUUGAGCGCAGAGUUUGAGGGCUAUUCGACUGCGCAAUAAAAUUCAGAAUUCAGAUUUU